ACGUGUGAAACUUUCUCUCAAUGUUUACGUGGCUGUAGCUGUGUAGAGGACCGCCAUGGAAGGUCGCUUGUCUGUAUGGAGGAGAGCGCCUUUGGAGCCAUACCAGAGAACCUCCCAGAUGAUAUGACCAAAAUCCGAAUAGAGAAAUCACACUUCACUGAAAUACCCAGAGGUGCUUUCUCCAAAACCCCGGCCUUGGAGAACUUGUGGUUGAACUUCAAUGAUAUCACAGUGAUCAACUCAAAGGGCCUGGAAGGUUUGGCGAACUUAACGGAGCUGCGUCUGCAGGGGAACAAGCUGCGCUCAGUACCAUGGACAGCGUUCGAGGACACGCCGGGCCUAAAGAUCCUGGACCUGAAGCACAACCAGCUGGACGUCCUUCCGGAGCAUGCGUUAAAAUAUCUGCCGGGUCUGACUUAUUUAGACUUGUCCUUCAAUCGACUCACGGUCAUAUCGAAGGAAGUCUUCCAAAACUGGCCUCUGUACCAAAAACUGCAGAGCAUGGAGGAGCGGGAGGCGAGCGUGUCAGGGCCGAACGUCGUCCUGGCGCUCCACGACAACGCGUGGCUCUGCGACUGCCGGCUGAAGGGCUUCGUGGAGUUCAUCAGGUCUCUAAGGCCCCCGAUUAUACUGAUGAACUCCUACUUGACCUGCUCAGGGCCGGACUUUAGAGAGGGAAAGUUCUUCCACGAGGUCGAGCUGCAGGCGUGCGUCAAACCGGUCGUGUCCACGCCGUCCGUGAACAUCAGCCUGCCCCUGGGCGCUAACGUCACCCUGCGCUGCCUCGCCAAGGCCCGGCCGGACCCGUCGGUGUGGUGGACAUAUGGUCUGAAGAUAAUCAGAGGAUUUCAUGAAUCUCAGGAGAGAGUAGAUGAGGACACCAUCAGAUCCUUCCUGGUGAUCCCCUCCCUGCAUGCAGCAGACCGUGGCACUUACACCUGCACUGCUGUCAACUUCAUUGGAAACUCCUCCAUCAGUAUCCAGCUGGAAGUUCUCUCUCCUGAUGGCUCCCAGACUUCCAACCUCCCUGGCGUCCCUGCUCCGCCUGCUGCUAGAGAUGAAAAUGUCUACAUUGACAUCCGCAUCGCCAAACAGACGGUGCGUGGCAUCUCCAUUGAGUGGUUCGCCGCCUUAGACCGCCCAGCCGAGACCUGGUUCACCAUCCACUUCGGCCGUGCGGAUGACGACAAGAAAGAAAUGAUCUACAUUGGCCCUGGGAUCCACUCUUACUCCGUCUCUGAUCUGAUGCCUGCAACCAAGUAUGAAAUCUGCGUCACCCUCAAAAACCAGGCACCACGACCCGGCCAAUGCAUCGUGUUUGUGACAGGAAGUGAUAUCACAGAGAUGGAGCAGAGAGAGAAGCUGAUUCACAUUGUGGUGAUAGUUUUAGCCAUGGUUCUGGCUGUUCCCAUAGGCAUGUACGCCUGCACCACUGACACUAAGUUCGCCUGCCUGGAGGUCAUCAUGCAGACGUGGAAGAACCGGCGGAGAGAAAGUGGCCCGUCAGUGCUGGAGCGGGAAAGACAGGGCACCUUCGACAGCCUGCAGGCAGCCAGUGACGAGGGCCUGGUCAAUAAAGAUUCCUCUGAAGACAGGAAGGUGAGAAGGAGAUCAGAUGACAGACUGCAUAAGGGCAAGAAUGAUCACAGCAGAAUAACAGCUGAACUCUAUUAA